AUGUUUUUAUUUUCUACAGAUGCUCAAGUUAAUGUACAAAAAGUUGUAGCUACACUUUUACCACCACAAUGUACAUCGUAUACAGUCAACAAUGAUACCACAAGAAAUAUCGCAACACCCAGUGGUACAAUAUGUGAUAAAACCUUUUUUUUCAAAAUGUCUCCUACGUGGGUUCGUUUCCAAAGUCCAGCUGGUACAAUAUUUCCAACAUCUCCACCAGCUACAAAUCAUUGUAAUACAGCAGGUACAGGUUGGAUAUCAACAGAAUACCCAUCAGUAGUUGGAUCAACUGUUCCUGCGACUAUUUGCUAUAAUUCAGGCUCAAACAAGUGCGCUUAUUCCAGUACAAUUUCAGUGAUAUUAUUUACAAUAUUACAUACAUAUCUUGGUUUAAAUCAACCAUUAAAUCAAAUUCUUUUAAAUAAAAGUUUGAAUUUAUUGACUGAUUUUUCUAAUGCUAAUAUAUUUCAACAAAUAUCCAAACAACUUUUAUCAAUAAAUUCACUAAUCGAUAAAGAUCAACUUUCUAAACUUUUACAACCAUUGAUUUGUUUUCAUCUACAAGAAAAAUAUAUUCAAUUAGAUGAUGAAUUAAAAAUACAAUUUUAUAGUUUAUACAAAACUCCGUUGACUAUGAAAUGUAUUAAACAUAUUGAAUCAUUAAUUUUAACAAAAGGUGCUCGUCAAGAUCCAUUUAUUAGAUUUAAUUUUACUAAAGCUGUUAAUCAAUUACUUCUUUCUCAUAUUAAUGAUAUUCAAUUUAAAUGUAAUUCAUGUUUACAAUUAUUCAAAAUUCUACUAGUUUCAAAUCCAUCUCUAUCAACAGAUCUAGAUGAUGUUGGCAAUGCUGGAUUCAGAUCAGAAUAUUUUCUUCUACAUAAUCUUUAUUCUUUAGAAUAUUAUCAUCAGAGAAAUUCUUCAAAAUUUAUCAAUAUGAAAUGUUAUUGA